AGCAGAGAUCCGGGGUCUCACGAGGGAGGUUCGUCACGAGGAGCAGCGCACGGAUCCCCCCCCCAAAACGAGAGUCGCACCUGCAGGGAUCUGCGUGUCAGCCCGCCGAGACGCUUUGGACUUCCGGUUCACAGGUGUGUCACAGGUCGAACCGUUAAUGGACUUUGACAACAAAUAGCAGAAGGACGCGACCAACAGGGAACCAUCAUGGCGCGCCAAAAAUUCAGAGUGUUCUGCGUGGCGAUGAUGAUGCUCAACCUCUUUGUCUGCGUCCUGGUGGGCGUGACCUGGAACCUCACGCUGGACAGAAGCAAUAGCACGAGGGUUCGGAUCCCGUCGGCGAGGUUCUGGCGCCAGCAGGAGCGCAGCAAGUCCUUCUGGAACAAGGAGCAGCAGCUGCUGAACUUUGUUCACAACCCCGUCCUCAACUCGGCGCCGCCCACCUGGCUGAACGACACCGGGCCACUGGACCCCUGCGCGCGGGACCACCGGGUACCCGCGCAGAUCCAGGACUACAACACCCUGCCGCAGCACCUGCAGGAUUUCCUCCUGCACAUGCGCUGCCGGACGCACCCCGCGCUGAUAGAGCAGCCCGGCCUCUGCGGGCCGGGGCCCUUCCUGCUGCUGGCGGUCAAGUCGAUGACCCCGCACUUCGACCGGCGGCAGGCCAUCCGCCAGACGUGGGGUCAGGCGGGCCUCUCGGCCAACCGCACCGUGGCCACGGUGUUCCUGCUGGGCAGCGCCGAGUCAGCGGACCACCACCCGGACCUGCGGGGGAUGCUGGGUCACGAGGCGCGGCUCCACGGAGACGUGCUCCAGUGGGACUACAGGGACACCUUCUACAACCUCACCCUGAAGGAGGUCCUCUUCCUGGAGUGGUUCGGCCGAAGCUGCCCCGACGCCCGGUUCGUCCUCAAAGGCGACGACGACGUCUUCAUCAACACGCCGCGGGUCAUCGCGUUCCUCGAGGGCCUGACGGAGAGCCGGGCCCGGGAUUUGUUCAUAGGCGACGUCAUCAGCAACGCCGAUCCGCACCGAGACCCCAAGCUCAAGUAUUUUGUCCCGGAGAGCGUGUUCGCCGGGCGGUACCCGCCCUACGCCGGGGGCGGAGGGUACCUGUACUCGGGGGAGUUGGCGCUGCGCCUGCGCAACGUGUCCCGGCGGGUGGCGCUGUAUCCCAUCGACGACGUCUACACGGGGAUGUGUCUGGGGAAACUGGGCCUGGCCCCCGAGAAGCACGACGGCUUCAAGACUUUUGACAUCGAGGAGAAGUACCGGUCCAACCCCUGCAUGUACCGCAGCCUCAUGUUGGUCCACAGCCAGACGCCCCAGGAGAUGAUGAGGAUCUGGUCCUGGAUCACCAGUCCGGAGCUGGACUGCCAGUGAGUCCAAG